GUCCGGUCAUGCAGCUUCCAAAUUAGGGCAAAAUCAGUAGCAGUUCGUACGUUUGCAUCAUGAAAUGCAUACUGGCCCUGGCGCUCGGCGCCACCGCGUUCGAGAACAGCUACCUCAACAACAUCGCGAAGCGGGCUGUCCAGGCCAACACUGCGACCAUGGACAAUGCGAGGGUUGCGAAGGACAGCGCGUCGUACCUGGAGUCGUUGCCGCAGACGUCGUCGCCGACCAUCGAAGCCACGGUCGCCGCGCCGUCGUACCUCGAGAGCCUCCCGUCGCUCGAAGCCGCGGUCGCCGCGCCGGCCGCCGUCAAGCCCACUCCGACGCCGGCCGAGCUGGCCGCGGCCGCCGCGCCCGUCAAGCUCGCGUCCGGCGCCGAGGCCGACUUCGCGGCGCAGUGCGUCGCAGUGCAUACAUCAAAACUUCCGCGGCGCUUGUUCGCCCACGGCUGAAUCACGACCGAUUGAUUUGCGCACAGGUGUGUCGACGAGGAGGCCCUGUUCCUCGCGUCUGACUUUCCGAUCAAGCCGGAGGAUCUCGUCGCGCGCGCCAAGGAGGUGCUCACGGCGGGCAUCGGCACGAAGGACGAGGGUGCCUGCCUCGCCGAGGGCUUCGAGUUCUGCGCUCCCGUGGUCGGCCCGCUCCCGAAGGAGGAGUACCUGGCGGCCCUCGCGGAUUUCAAGCUCGAGGAGAGCUUCGACGUCAACGCGCAGUACCACUUAUUCAGAGUGGACCCGACGCAGACGAACCGCGUUUGGUUCCACACGCGUACCCUCGGCAAGCACGUCGCCGACUCGAAGCGCUUCGGCAAGGCCACGGGCUGUGUGGAAAUCAACCAGUGCGUCGCCACGCCAUCGAGCAGGCGUGGAGGACGACGCGAUGAUUCAGCACGAACGCGCCGUAAAAUUUUGAUUUCCACACAGGCCACGGGCAAGGAGAUUAUCAACCCGCCCCAGUGCAUGCACAUGGACUUCACGGCGGACGGCCUCGUCAAGGAGUUCGGCUUCUACACCGUCGACCGCAGACAAGGCAACACGGGCGGCCUCGGCGGCGCCUUUGCGUUCUUCUACGGCGUAGGGCGCUCGCUCCCCAUUCCGGAAAUGAAGCCGUACAAGCCCUCGAAGCGCUUCCGCCUGUUCCAGCUCAUCGGCAAGCUCCAGAGCAAGUUCUCCAAGAAGGACGAGUAGAGCUCCAGCCAAUUCACGUUUAUAAAGAUUAAUUCAUUGUAGCACACACGAAAUAUC